GUCAGUUCUUCUGAAUGAUGGCGAGAUGCCGUGGGAAUUGUGGCUACUUAUUGCCAGCCGAUUUCAUCCGUCCUCUAGGGAGAAUCUAGACAUGUGAAGAGACGUUUUAGACAGUUACCGAGGGCUUCUUUAAACGGUGGCCUGGUUUGUAAGUAGCCCUCUAAGAUGACAUCACUAAAUGUUUUUAAAGGAUCAAUGACUAGAAAAGUGAAAGAAGAGCAGAUGACAAAGAAUGACAAGUUACAGGCUGAUAUUUCUAACAAUGCCAAAAGAACUGCUGAAAACUCUCCAGAAUUGUGUCCAAAAAAACGUUCAGUGUUUGGGGAUAUCACUAAUGCAUUUGUGGCUGAGCCUAAAAAAGCUUUUGAACAAGUAGUUAAGAAAGCUAGCACCAGAUUGUCUAAGAAGCAGAACAAAUCAGACUCUCAAAAUCAGAAAAAGACACAACAGGCAGAACAAGACCAAUGUGACUCACAAAAGCAGGUUGAUAGCUAUUGCUCAAAAGAUACUUUAAGUUCUCAGGAACAAGGAGAGGACACAACUCACAUUACAGUAGCAAAGGAAGAAGGAGAUGAAACAAAAGAACCCAAACCUGCAUCAGAAGCUACUACUUUUAUUUCUGAUACUCUUCCACCUGGAGUUUUGGACUUUGACAAUGAAUCUCUUCAAGAUCCCUUUGCAGAGCCUAAUUACGUAAAUGAUAUAUUUAACUACUACAAGAAGAGAGAGCUUAAGUUCGUCACAGACAAAUAUCUGAGUAGGCAGCCUGAACUGUCAAAGUCCAUGAGGGCUAUUCUGGUUGACUGGAUGGUAGAAGUCCAAGAAUCUUUUGAACUGAAUCAUGAAACAUUAUACCUGGCAGUAAAGCUUGUUGAUCACUAUCUCAUGAAAAAUCCUGUUCCAAAGUCAACGUUACAACUUGUUGGUUCUACUGCAAUAUUUAUUGCCUGCAAAUUUGAUGAGCGGAUCCCUCCAGUGAUUGAUGAAUUUCUUUACAUUUGUGAUGAUGCUUAUAGCCGUAAAGAACUUCUUAAAAUGGAAAUUAGCAUUCUCAAGGCUAUGAACUUUGAUCUUGGUCUGUCACUCUCCUACAGGUUUCUUAGGCGUUAUGCUCGGUGUGCUAAAGUUACUAUGGAAGUUCUGACCUUAGCUAGGUACAUACUGGAGACUUCAUUAAUGGACUAUGACCUGAUUGAUACGAGAGAUUCCAUGGUUGCAGCAGCAGCACUUUAUUUAGCAAUCCAAAUGAAAAACCUAGGAGAGUGGAGCCCAACCUUGGAAUAUCAUUCAGGCUACAAUGCUUCAGAUUUGGAAAAUCUUGUCCUACGGCUCAACAAGCUUAUAACGACUCCUCUUCACAAAAAUCUUCAAACAGUGAGAACAAAAUACUCUCACAAAGUAUUUUUUGAAGUUGCCAAGAUACCUCCUCUGCAAACAUGAGCUCUUGUCAUAUGCUUCCAUGAUGUGUUGUGAAUAUUGAAGAUGAUGUAUGAAGAAGCAAAUUGAGUGAAGAGUUAGCAUUUUCUGUGAAAAGUGUUUUAUACUAGUUAAUCAUCUACUGUGAUUGAAUUGUGGUUUUAAAGUUUUUAUGUUGUGUAUGUGAACAAUGCAUUUUUAUCGUAAUUCUAGUUAGUAUUUCAUAAUUGUAAAUGAGAAAAGCCUCUAGUGUGAUCAAGAUAUAAAAAGUCCUACAAUGUGAUUUUCUCUGUAUUUUAUUUUAAAACUAUUAUCUUAUUAGAUGAGAAUUAAAUUAAGACAGUCUAGUAUGUAUGCAGUGGUCACACAACAUUUCAAAACAAAUGUUACAUGUUUUAAGAUAAAUUUUAAUAAGUCUGUUGAUACUUCUAAUUUCAUUUAUAAUUUUACUUCAAAAGACAUUGUUGACGAAAGAAAAAAGAUGAUUGUUUAACCGAUUUAAAUUUGAAAAAGAAAAGUAAAAAAAGUGAACCUUUUCAUUUUAUUUUUCUAUGUUGAGAAAUAUUGGUUUUGCUAACAAACCAUUUUUUAGUAAUGUAAUAAGAUAAAAAAUAACUUCAAAUAAAUUAAUUUAGCAGAGUAUUAAAACUGUUUUUUUGCUCUUGACAGAACAAUUGACAUAAAGAUAAAGUUGUAAAUGUGGUGUUUAGUGUCCAAAGAUAAUUUUUCAGUUAUAUUACAUUAGUUAAUAUUCAGAAGCUUCAAUAGUUCACCACUACAAGGAAAACAAAGUGUUUGAAAUAUUAAAAUCGUCCAUAUUCUUGUGAGUAUAUAAAAGUCAUUCUCAUUACUACAUUGCAUACUUGUAAAUAAAUUCCUGUAUGUUAUUAUUUUGCUCUUUUUUUUUCUUUGGGUUUUUUUAAAGGUUAUUUGCAUUCAUGAUCUUAUAAUUAUUUUUAUAUAUAUAUAUUGUCAUAAAAAUCAGUUUUGUGCAAUUGUAGCUAAGAGUUUUCAAGGAAGAAGGAAACUUAUUAGCAAAAUAUCAAAGCCGAAUGGUAAUGUCUUCAAAUAUCUGAAUUAGAUUUUGUUGGAAUAUUGUAUUUGUAUAUAAAGAUGAGUAAAUUACCACAUUUCAUGAAAUAUAAAACUUGACAUACUUAAA